AUCAUAUAAGAUCUUGCACAGUUGGAUUCGCUUCCAGGGCGGGAUCCGUGGGCCGUCCGAGACGCACGUUCCUUACUUCAGCAUACGUCACAAGAUGCCACAGAUUGCUGACCACGUUGAGUUUCUCGUAACAUGAAUUGCCGGAUGAUGAUCUCAGCCGCGACGAAGGUUGGCUCAUGGCCGAGGGGCCUCGUAUUGUUUAAAAGCUCGUCGACUCACGUUACGUUCCCUCCUCAGACCUUGGGCUAUCCCACGCACUGCCCUUCCAGCGCUCUCGAAGGCUAGCUGUCGACCUUUGCCACCUGUAACCUGCGUCUUUUACUUUCACCUGGCUUGGGCAGGAAGUACUGGUACUUUCUUCUGUGGAAACAAAACUCAUAAAUUCGCUGGGCCUGCUGGUCGAACGCAAGAGAAUCUUCAUACUGUUUAUGUGUGUGUGUAUGUAAGUAACUAUGGGUGACGCCAAAGCCAGACAUAGCACCGAGGUCCAUCGUGACUUUGUGGCUCAACCACCUGAAUAUCAUCGCAGAAGGUCCAUCAGCAUCAAGACUGAGAAUGUGGAGGUUGCAACCAGUCUUAGUGUAAGUGUUUUCAGGCAAAUUCCAUGCUUGGGUCUUCCCAGCGCGUCAAUCCUAGCACCUCAAUUCACUCACGGACUUGACAGGAAUUAUGGGCCGGAAUAGCAAUCCAAGAAGAGAACGACAAGACGGUCAACAUUGGUUUCGCAGUGCAUGAUGGCACAUAUAGCGUGGAUUUUGCAAUCCAUCGCAUCACGAUAGAAGAAGAGCCAGGCCCCGAGGGGGACUGGAUCGUCGAUCACAUUGUCCCUGCGAUCGCGAACUACCGGAAGGAGCACGUGUGCAAGAUACUCGGGGCCGGUAUAACCACCGAAUUGCAUAAAAAGAGUCCCAAUCUUUGCUCAAGGCUUUGGGCUGAGCUGGAUAUCAUUCCCAUUGUGGUGGAAUCCAAUGUCCCUCUUCUGGACAACCAGCAACAUCACCAUAGCUUUCAAGUCGAUGAGAUCGCAGAUUCGGCUGCUCGAAAAUGUUUAGCUUUGUUUGCGCCAACCAAGCAACCCCGGCUGGCCAUCACAUAUCGAAAUGAGGUCGAGCCCGACUAUGGUCUGAUGAUUCAGCUGACCACGGUGGAUGAUUACAGACGGUCUGUUAGAGAGCCGACAUGGAGAGCGGUUCAGAAGUACAUCAAGGAGGUAGUGGAUCGCAAGCUUAGGAUCGUGUACUUCAGCGCCACGCCCCAAGGAGGUGGCGUUGCGUUGAUGAGGCAUGCGCUGCUGCGAUUCCUCAAGGUGCAGAACGUGGACAUAGAGUGGUUUGUUCCCAAGCCUCGGCCAGAUAUCUUCCGGAUCACCAAGACCAAUCACAACAUCCUCCAAGGAGUGGUACCACCCGAGAUACAUGCCACUGACGAGCAACUUGGAAAGAUCAAAUCGUGGAUCAUCGACAACGCCGAGAGAUACUGGCUUGGAGAAAAUGGUCCGCUAAGGCCCCCAUCGGAAGGAGGUGCCGACGUCAUCAUCAUCGACGACCCGCAGAUGCCGGAGCUGAUUCCAAUCGCUAAGCAGCUGGCUCCAGAGCGACCUAUCAUUUUCCGAAGCCACAUUGAAGUCCGAGACGAUCUGGUGCUCGAAGAGGGCAGUGCAGCGCAGCAUGUUUGGGGCAACAUGUGGUCGAGUAUCAAACAGGCCGAUGUUUUCAUCAGUCAUCCUGUCAAGAGCUUCGUGCCGAGCGACGUAGUGCCCGAAACGGUGGGAUGGCUCCCUGCAACAACAGACUGGCUCGAUGGACUCAACAAGGACAUGGAUGAGUGGGAUCUUCAAUACUACAUGCACGUGCUGAGGCAGACAUGUCGAUCCCAGGGCAUUCCUCAGCUAGCCUACCCGAGCAGAGGCUACUUUGCACAGAUUGCUCGCUUUGAUCCAUCCAAGGGAAUCCCAGACGUGAUCAAGAGCUACGCUCGUUUCCGAGAAUUGAUGAGCGACGAGCUGGAGCGCAAUGUGCAUCAGCUCAUCAUCUGUGGCCAUAGUUCAAUCGACGACCCAGACGGAAGCUUGGUCUAUGAUCAAACGAUGGAUUUGAUUCACAGGGAUCACGCCGAUCUCGUGGACGACAUCAUUGUCGUCCGCCUUGGGCCUAGUGACCAGAUCCUCAACGCCAUUCUGUCGCAGUGUACGGUUGCGUUGCAGUUGUCCACGAGAGAAGGAUUUGAAGUCAAGGUGUCGGAAGCAUUGCACAAGGGCAAACCCAUCAUUGCCACUCUCGCCGGCGGCAUCCCUCUCCAGGUGGAGGACGGAAAAUCAGGCUACUUGGUCAAAAGAGGAGAUCAUGAAGCGGUUGCUAAACACCUGUACGACCUGGUGACCAAUGGUGACCUCUACGAUGAAAUGAGCGAGUACGCCAAGACCCACGUCAGUGACGAGGUACACACGGUGGGAAAUGCGGUCAGCUGGCUGUAUCUUGCUUCAUCACUUGCUGGUGGCAGUAAAUUGAAGCCGAACAUGAGAUGGAUCAAUGACCUUGCCAGGGAGGCUGUCGGUGAGCCGUACGAAGAUGAUGAGCCCAGGUUGCCGAGGAAUUUGUCUACUUAAAGGAUCGGUGGUACUCUACACCCUUUGUGGCUGGAAGAUGAUGUGUCACAUGAAAAGCGUUAUAGGAAAAUUGGGCCUGGAUGGGAGGGAAUUGGGUUCUCGAUUUAGGCACACGAAAAGGAAGGGAAUGGAACCUAUGAUUUUGGUUGCUCGUGCACAAAGUGGAAUCCUCAGUUUAUCCUGUCUACAUACCACAUGUCAAUGUGCAUCAAGCAGAAUAUUUCAAGAGUGUUAAAUUGGGUUUCCUUCUUGACCAAGCUAAAGCUAAAGCACCGAUAUGCUCAUUCCAUGACAAAACCAG